AUGUCAAAAUGGCCGAUCUCAACAAGGAGUUGAACGAGUAUCUCCUGAACAACAAGAAUGAGAAGCAGUACAAGAUCGCUAUUCCCUCGGUAGCGUUGCCGAAAGCGAACUUUCGCAAAUGGUUCGGCAACGAUGUUGAAGAAACGAGGGAGGAUACGGGAUGGAUUCAAAGAUCGCAAAGAGAAUGUUGUCCUGCCAUGACGAGGACGCAAAGACUCAUAUCCUUUGCUGUCUGUUUUCUUCUGGGGCUAUUAUGCUUCUGCCUAUCGGCGAUUUAUAUUCCUGUGUUGUUACUUAAAGCGAGAAAAUUCGCUCUGCUUUAUUCCUUAGGCAGUAUCUUCUUUCUAAUGAGUUUCUGUUUUCUAUGGGGAUCAAAUUACAUGAAGUCAUUAUUCACAGCUGACAAGCGAUGUUUUACAGUAUCGUACUUUGCGACAUUAACAGGCACACUUUACUUUGCCUUGCAUUUACAAUCAACUCCUUUGACCAUAUUGUGCGCUGUUCUGCAGUUGAUAGCGAUGUUAUCUUUUUUAAUAAGUCAUAUACCAGGAGGUACAACUGGUCUCAUGUUCUUUACAAGAAUGUUUAGAUCAUCAGUAAAGUCAAGUUUACCUGUAUGAUAGCAUUAUUUGUUCUUAGAACACUUUGUUUUAUAAUAAAAUUGAUAAAAAUUAAUUUCAUCUUUAAAAAGUUUUUCAAAGUAUCACACAAGAUAUUGAUAAGAUUAAAAAUAACAAUGAAAAUGUCUAUACUUGUUACCAUUAAAAUUAAUACACAAAAAACUGCCUUAAAUCUACUUUGAUGCAAAACAGAUAGAAUUAUAUAUUAUAUCCUCUUAAUCCAAUAUUACAUAAGACUAUUUUUGUUACU